AUGACAUCCACCGCGCCCGCCCCGGCACCGCUGCUGUGCUGCCACCACUUCUCGCCCGCCAUCUCACCAGUCAGCACCCCGUCAGACAGCCGACGCUACACCAUGGCCGACUUCGACGAGACAGCUGUACCAGCAAACCCAAUGGCGUCCCUGCUGGAGCUCUCACACGAACUGCUUCACUGCAUCUUCACCGAGAUCGAGCCAGCGGACUUGGCCGCAGUCAGCCAGAGCUGCCAGGCCUUGCAUGGCUACAUUCGUGGGAACAGACUACUGCAUAAGGAUCUCUACGUUCGACGAUACGAUGAACCGAAGAAACUCAAAGAGGAGCCAGACUGGGAGACAGCCGUGCAUCGGCUUGUCAAGAUGGAGAAAGUGCUCGACAGCGAAGAUCGGGAAGUGAAGAGACAGCAUCUCGGGUUCGUGUGCGAGGAAGUCGACAGACUGGUAGAAACAGCCAACACAACACAAAGCAUGGAGGAUGGCGAGGAUGGCGAAGGCAGCAGGAAUGUUGAGCUUCUGCGCGAGAAAUUCGCCGACACAGACAAUGUUGAUGCAUUCCUAUGCGCAAGCAGCCUCUUUGCGAGGGCAGGAAGUGACGACCAGGAGCCAGCAGAUACUCUCGAGCUCAGACAGGCCAGUGCGAAGCUGCAUUGCUUGUAUGGCGUGCCGAUCGACGUUCUGCCCAGCAGAAGCUUCUUCAGUAUCAUGCGAAACGACGCUGGCAUCAUCCGAACACCGACAGCAGGACCAUCAGCUGCGGCCUUGUCGACGCGGAGUCAAGCGAGGCCACUCCUCACCCACACCUUCGCACGCAGCAAAGUCUACGAUCUGCGAGAGUAUACGGAGCAUACUCUGUGGGGACCUUUCAUGAAUGAUGGCAGACAGCGAGUCGACUGGGAGAAAGUGGAGGCCGUGAUGAUUGUGCUUGGCUUCAAUCUCCGCAAGUUCACUGAUCGCAGUGAGGGGCGAUUUCCGAUGGUCUGGAAGGACACAUGGAGCGGAGCGUCACCAAAUAGCUACAAGAGCCUGCCUCGCAUGGCCGGGGCAGUGAAGGAACCGGAUGACGAGAUGUACAAGAUUCGUGAGCUGGCUCUCGCACUCGAUGCACAAGAUCCGUAUGGCGUGAGCGGCAGCUGGAUGCGAGUCGUCUGCUUCCUUGACUACAACGACCUUUACGCCUUUAACUUCAGCGAGCGAAUACCUGACGAGCAACCGCGGGACGCCAUUGAUACUGAAGAAGCCAUCCGACUGAUUCGCAUCAAGCUCCAAGUGACAAAGAUCGAUCCGCCUGGAGCCGGCGACGAGGACGAUGAAGGUGAUGGUCUAGAUUGGAGCAACUUUACGGGCGAAAGACUACCUGUGGUGCACUUCCGAGGCACCAGUCGGAGUCUGCACGCCAGUUGGGAUCCAAAUGCGAACAGCAGAAUCCGUGGAACAGUACGACAAACACCAGAAGGGGAGAUUCGAUGGACGACCUUCUCAAUCUUCCACGGUGAAGAACGAUGGCGAAGCGAAGGUAUUCAAGUGGGAGGCCUUCGCUCUGCCCGCGGAGUGCUCGGAAACUGGUUCGACAAAGACUACGACCUCCACGGCCCUGCUGGACCGACAGCAUUCUGGAAGGAAACAGAUGAACUCGAGGAGGAAAAGUCUAGCAGGAUCACAUGGCUACCGUAUGGCAACAACACGAACGUAUAUGACGAUUUGAUCGAGUUGGCUGAUUUGUUGGGUAUAGAUCUUUCGGAUGACUAG